UGCUACCUCACCUUAGUCCUGUCUGAGAUCAUUUUCGGCGCCCAGUCUCCUUCUUUUGAGUAGUUCAACCAUGAGCAAUCCAAACAGCAUUGGGAACGUUGUCGCUGUGCUCGCCAAGCGGUACACUGCCGACACGCCGCAGCUGAUCAAGGUCAUCGACGCAUACCUUGUCUACAUUAUGCUGACUGGCAUUGCGCAGUUUGUCUACUGUGCGCUGGUCGGCACGUUCCCCUUCAACGCCUUCCUCGCUGGCUUCAUCUCGACGAUUGGCAGCUUUGUCCUCGCAGUCGGCCUUCGUCUGCAAGUCAACCCUAAGAACGGAUUUGAGAACAUUUCGCGGGAACGCUCGUUUGCAGACUUUCUCUUCUGCCAUGUCGUUCUGCACUUUGUUGUGAUGAACUUCCUCGGCUGAACAACCAACCAACAAGGGGCUAUUAUGAAUAAAAAACACACUGAAGUUACAAGCUAUUUACAGCUCAAAAGUGGAUGAUUGUCUCGAAGUUGACAAUGAAUCUGAG